GAAGAUUAGUUGCGGGAAAACUAAGCGGAUGAGACUUAUGUUGAUAUCUCUGAACUAUAAGGAAAAAGUGGCAGCCUUUAAAACCAUGAAAACCCCAAAGGCCACAGAUGUCAAAAAAGGGAUUGCAGUCCUGUGGGAGACUCUACAAUGUCCCAUAUGCUUGGAUUUAAUGACUGCACCCGUGUCCACUAAGUGUGACCACCAAUUUUGCAAAUUUUGUAUGAUGAAACUUUUGGACAACUCUAAACAAAACAGAGCCAACUGCCCAGUGUGUAAAUCCAAGAUAACUAAAAGGAGUUUGCAGGAGAGUCCUGGGUUUCAGAGACUUGUCACCGGAUUGCAGGACAUGAUACAGGCAUAUCAGCAUGACACUGGAACAAACUACUUCACUGGAGCAUCCCUGCAAAGACACUCAAGUGUCACACAGGCUGAAAAUAUAGCGCAUCCUCAAAAUAUAUCACCUGGAGAUACACUUGGUACUGAGGUGGACAACAUGGAAAAUGUAGACCGUGAUGAUCUUCCACAGUCUCACUCCUCAACUGUAGCAGCCCAGAAUAGAUUUGCAGUACUGAUGGGACUAGAAGACUCGGUUCCUUUACCGCCAGAGAACGAAGGUCUGGAUAGCGGUCUUGGUGACGUACCACCAACGUCUGAGAAGAAAAUGUCCAGCCCGACAGAAACAGCAGAUGUCACUGAAAAAGCAACAUCCACACGCCAAUCUAAAAGGAAAAAGAAGCAGAAAAAGAAUUUGGAUCCUGAUAAGAUCUUUGAGCAAAAAAAGAAGAAAAGUUUAGAGAAAGUUGCUGAGUGGCUCAUGAAAGUACCAACUGAAGGAGAUGAAGAGUUAGAGAACCCACAUGAAAAUGCAGAUGACUCCGACAGUUGUUCCUCCACCCAAACGCUUGAUAUCAAACUACACAACAAUGAAGUUAACUCUAAGGGAGAAGAUCGUGCUAAAGCCCUUGAAGAGCAGGUUUUUGGUGCUGUCUACAAACGAAGAGGGAACAAAACUGCUGCUCCUCCACUUAAGGUUUUUGUUAAACCAGCAACAGAAACACAGACCCGUGAAAGUGUUUUCAAAGUGAGGAAGGAUGAAGGUCAGACUCCCACCAAAGAACAAGAAACAAUAAAAGAGAAGAAUGACAACAGCAGUGACAUUUUUAAAAAAGUGGAACAGAUGGAGGUCGAGCAGGAGCAUAAUACAGCCACAAAUAUAGAAGGAUUGAACCACUUGUCAGAGAGUGACAAAAAUAACGAUGAAUGUGAGGUCCCCUGUUCUGUGUCGGAUAUUUUCACACAAGAACGAGGACCAAAGGCAAAGAAAAGGAGCCGCAACACAUUGCAGCUGGUCGACAGCGAUUUGCAAGAGCAAGCUCCUGCAAAAUCAGAAGCUGAUCAGAAGGAAACCAACAGGAAGAAAAGUAAAAACACAAAGUCUGGAAAAAAACCAGCCAAAGGGCCGAAGCCUCUUGUUUUGGUGGGAGUUCACAAAGGGGAAACCAGUCCGAAGCUUAGAGACAGAUCAGAAGAAGUUCAAGCACAAAUAGAGAACUACCCCAGCAGCGAAGACCAAGACACUUCUGUUCUAAGAAGCACCAGGAGAAGUAGAAGACUUCAUCUUUUUGCUGAGGAAGUACAGCUGGGCCACAAAAAGGCAAACCUGAAAGCCAGAACAACCAAAAAAGACAGAACCGUUGAAAAGCAGUCUGAAGAUACUAAACGUGAAACACGGGACAAUACAUCAACACUUAAAAGUGGGAACAUGUCAAAUACAGCUAAAAGAAAUGGGUGCGUUUUUGAUCAAGAUUUAGGAGGAAUUGAAAGUAUGGAGACUGAUGAGAGAAAAUCUGAUCUGAGACCAGCAGAAGCUGAAGUGCCACAUUCUGAGACUCUGUCUGAAGCCGGGGAUGCUCGUGGUGUCUCUGUGGUCCCAAACUCUACAAAUCAGUCUGAUGCAUCUGUGGUUGGUCCAACACUUGAAAAUGACAAGUCAGCAAACAUGUCCCCACUCAAAAUUCAGCAGGAAAUCUCUGCUGGUGAUUCUAAAAGUGCUGGAACAGAAAACGAGGAAGACAAGAAUGACAGUGAGUUGGACACAGAGCAGCUUCUCAGGAGCUUCAAGACCACUAAAAGGAAGUCUUUCCAUCUCGGGGAACCUAAUGUGAAGAAGAGUCGGCAGUCAGACAAAGAAAAAGUGCAUGGUACUGAUAAAAAUCAGAUGUUUACUGGGAGUCCUAAUGCUUCAAAAGAUACUGAAAAGUCAUCCUGCAGUGAUUUAAUUUCCCCUUCCAGCUCACCCACCCAGACAAGCAAAACAAUUUUUGGGAAACCAGAUCAAGUGGUGGUAGAGGCCUGUAUCUCUGAAAGCAGCUGUUCAAAGCAGGACGGUUCUGCUGGAAACUGUGUCCUCAGGAACAGUCUCAGCAGUGGCCUCAGUCCUAAUAAAGUGUCCAAACGUGACACAAGCAGUCCUCUUCUUUCUGUUGUCCCUCAAGUAGUAGAUUCAGGGCUCUGCUUCACAGCUGUUAAACAUGAGGGGCUAAAUGAAGCCUCAAAGGGCUCCCAGGUCACAGAGAGUCAGCUUGAUUCUACAAGAAGAGGUGCAGGUAAAGUGAUGAAGCUCAGAGAUGGGAUUUCUGUGGACUAUCCAGAUGCCCCUGCAAAACGUUUAGUCGGUACAACUGAUCACAUUAUAAAUGCAGAGUCCUCUUUAACCCCUGAAGGCCUGUUAACCCCAUGUGUCCAAGCUUCCCACGAAGCAAAUAGCAGCAAUGGUAGUAGAGAAGUCUGCUCCCAUUCCCCCAUCAAAGGCAACAUGAGGGCAAAGAGAAAGGCUCAGAGGCUGGAGUCUUCAUCCGAGUCCGAUGGCAGUAGAUCCAAAGAAGAAUUACCGACUUUGACGCAAAUCUUUGGAACAUCCACUCGUCCCCCAGCGAGGAAUCAGGAUCAGGAAGAUCCCGAAGCAGAGAUGUUGAUGCGUCCACCUGCGUGCCCCAGCCCAGACUCUGUUAACUCCAGCCAAGCGUCUGUGGACUUGUUCGGAACUCCAGACGAAUGUGAUGUCCAAGUAAAUGGCGCCAGUGUUUCCAUGGAGUCAUCCCAAUUCUCAAGUGAGGUCCUUGUUACACAGCAAAAGAUAGAGAUGAAGAAGGAGCUGGUGAGGCUGGAGAAGCUGAUGGCUCUGGUUUCAGAGGUGCUUCAGGAGAAAGAGGGCAGUCCUGCGAGAGAAAUCCCCUCGGAAACCCGUAACAACAGCAAUACCACUGGCCCGGAUGCUAACAGAGCCCCUGUUUCUGACCAGGACCCAGACCAAGGUUCAGGCAGGAAAGAGGAUCCAGACACAAACACGGGACCAUCUCAUGACAAAGCAGCAACUGAAUCCAGUCUGUUAAGGCACGACAGCAUUACAGGAAAUAGGUUGACUGCAAAUAGCACAGGAGUCUCUCAAACAACUCCUGCAGUUUCAGCAGCCAAAACACUAAAGAACUGUGUUUCACCAUCAGAUGGACAAGAAGACAAAGAAAAUAACAGUCCUCCAAAAGACAGAAGUAAAGUUAAGUUUGUGCUUGUGACGUCUGGAUUAGGCUCCAACGAGCAGAUAAUGGUGAAAAAGUUUGCCAAGAGAGUUGGUGCCCAUGUGGUCGCCCAGGUGACGCCAGAGGUCACUCACAUCAUAAUGCGCACCGAUGAGCAACUGGUAUGUGAGCGCACACUGAAAUACUUCCUUGGCAUUGCAGGCAGGAAGUGGGUGGUGAGCUUCCAGUGGAUUUCUGAGUGCUUCAAACAAAAGAAACUCUUAGAUGAGAGUCCAUUUGAAGUGAGAGGUGAUGUGGUGAAUGGACCCAACCACCAAGGCCCCUUGAAAGCACGUACCACCGAGGACAGUGAUCUGCUCAUGAAAGACUACAAGAUCUGCUUUCAAGGACCUUUUACAGACAUGACAACAGAUGAAAUGGAACUGAUGGUUGAACUCUGUGGAGCUAAUGUAGUCAAAGAUCCAGUUCUCCUUGACAGCAAACAAAAGUCCUGUCAGCUUCUUAUUGUGCAGCCUAGACCAGACUCGUCAUCUUCCACAUACAGCAGUUUCUCCAGAAAAGCCACAGUUUUGACCCGAGGUUGGCUGCUAGAUACAGUUGCAACCUACACCCUGCAGAAUUACAACAAUUACACAGCAUGAGGAACGAUGCACUUAGUUGUUCACUUUCUUCUUUUCUUUUCCAGCCAUUUUAUGGUUCAUUUUAAAAUGUCUACUUCUUUAAACUGUAAUCAAUCAUUUUUUGUGUGAUAUGUGUGCAUGAUGUCAUGUAUGAAGUCUGAGAGACAACCAGAGUUGUGUUUUCAUUUCAUUGUGUUAGAUUGCAGAGCUGUUAAUACUGACACAAAUCAGUCAGUUGUAAACCACUAUGACUGUAUUCUGUACAUACAUAUAAAACAUCUCUCUUGCAUCUCUGCUCUCUUGUUUUUCUGCUUGUCUUCCACCGGUGUUGUCCCUGAUGAUUGCAUUACGUUAUCUGAGCUUGAGUCUGCAUGUUGCAACAUGUUCUGCUUAGAGUUCUCUUCAAUUAUUGAUCAGGAUUUGUGGGGGAAUAAAAUUGGACAGAAGAGAUUUACAGCCAUGGGCUGUAUGAGGGCACAAAAUAACCUUUCUGUCUGCACAAGAUACAUGCUUGCUGUCAGGCAAUGAGAAUAAGAUUAUGCCACUGUAAAAUAUUGCUGUCAGGCAGCUGCUAUAUUUAUUGAUGUGCAGUAUUUUCUACAAAAAAGGUCAGCAACAAAGAUGAAAUCUAAGUCCUUACAGAAUAAAAUUUGGUGGGACUUAAAUUCUGGUUGAGAUUUUUUAUUAAUA